UUGACAGCGUGAGGCCGCGGCGGCUGCUGCUGCCAUGGUGGCUGGAGGCUGGGUGCAGCAUGUCUAGACUGGGGGCCUUGGGUGGCGCCCGCGCGGGGCUGGCACUGUUGCUUGGCUCCGCCGCCGGCCUUGGAUUCCUGUGCAUCCUUUACAGGCAGCGAUGGAAGCGGACCCAGAGCCAUGGCGGGAGCCAGAUCCUGCCCAACUCCCUGGACUGCGCUCAGACUUUAGAGCCUGGACGCCAGGCGAUGCUGUUGCGAGCUGUCCCAGGUGAAGCUGGAGAUGCUGCGGUGUUACCCAGCCUUCCACAGGAAGGGCAGGAGAAGGUGCUGGACCGCCUGGACUUUGUGCUGACCAGUCUUGUGGCACUACGGCGGGAGGUGGAGGAGUUGAGGAGCAGCCUUCAAGGGCUUGCUGGGGAGAUUGUUGGGGAGGUCCGAUCCCACAUGGAGGAGAAUCAGAGAGCGGUUCGGCGACGGAGGUUCCCAUUUGCCCGGGAGCGGAGUGACUCUACUGGUUCCAGCUCUAUCUACUUCACAGCCUCCUCUGGAGCUGCAUUCACAGAUGCUGAGAGUGAAGGAGGUUAUACAACAGCCAAUGCCGAGUCUGACUAUGAGAGAGACUCUGACAAGGAGAGUGAGGAUGAAGGGGAAGAUGAAGUGAGCUGUGAAACUGUAAAGAUGGGAAGAAAGGAUUCUCUGGAACUGGAGGUGGAAGCAGCUUCAGGUCCAGUAGCUGGUGUCUUAGAGGCUGAAGUCUCUCUGGGUCAUGAGGAUGUUCUGCCCCUCCUGCAGCAGGCUGACGAGCUACACCAGGGCAGCGAGCAGAAUAAGCGUGAGGGCUUCCAGCUGCUGCUCAACAACAAGCUCGUGUAUGGAAGCCGACAGGACUUUCUUUGGCGCCUGGCCCGGGCCUACAGUGACAUGUGUGAGCUCACUGAGGAGGUGAAUGAGAAGAAGUCAUAUGCCCUAAAUGGAAAGGAAGAAGCAAAGGCUGCUCUGGAGAAGGGGAAUGAGAGUGCUGAAUGUCACCAGUGGUAUGCAGUGCUUUGUGGUCAGUUGGCUGAGCAUGAGGGCAUCCAGAGGCGCAUCCAGAGUGGCUUUAGUUUCAAGGAGCAUGUGGACAAAGCCAUUGCUCUCCAGCCAGAAAACCCCAUGGCUCACUUUCUUCUUGGCAGGUGGUGCUACCAGGUCUCUCACUUAAGCUGGCUAGAAAAAAAAACUGCUACAGCCUUAUUUGAAAGCCCUCUCAGUGCAACUGUGCAGGAUGCCCUACAAAGCUUCUUGAAGGUUGAAGAACUACAGCCAGGAUUUUCCAAAGCGGGAAGGGUGUAUAUUUCCAAGUGCUAUAGAGAACUAGGAAAAAACACUGAAGCUAAAAGGUGGAUGAAGCUGGCCUUGGAGUUGCCAGAUGUUACUAAUGAGGGGAGGAGACAGAUUUCAUGGGCUCCAGGCUAUCUGGGAAAGUAGGAGAAAGACUACAGCUAAGAGCUCAGGAGGGAAGCAAAGGACCCCUCAGGUACUGGUGGUUUGAGAAAAGGUUGGCGCAGAUUUUGAGUACUAGAUUUGUUCUGUUUGUUUCUCUAGGAUUCAGCUUUCCAGAAGGAUCUGCAAGAACUGGAAGUAAUUUUAGGAGAAUAACCACAUUUCAAUGGCCUUUGUGACUUCAGGAAUACUAUUUAAGAGGGGAAAAGAAUCAAGGGUUUCUAAGAUCAGAAAACCAAGCAAGACUGGUUUAGGCAGUGUUCUGUCCCCUGGGUCUGACUAUUACCCACUACUGUUCCCCAACUUCUUGCCUGCUAUCCAUCAGUUAAUUUAUUCUCAUGUUUUACCUAAUCUAAAAUUAGGGAAGAACUUGCACCUUGGGUUUCUGUUGUUUUUCCCCUUAAAGAAAUUCUUGAAAAAUGAAGACUUAAACUGGCAUUUGCCCUAGGGUUAAGUGUGGGUGGAUCCCUGAAGGCUGCUAGAGCUGAAAGAUGAAGUAGCAGCACUGCCAGUGAGAUAGAUGAACUUUCAAAGAGCUAAAGGAACAAAGAGAACUUGUCACUCUAAUGUUUUCACUGAUUAAUAUUCAUAUUCAUAAUAUUCAUUAGCUAUAUCUGUAAUCCUAAGAUCAUACCCUACUUACCAGGACAAAACGAGGGGCCAGAGCAGUUCAGUUAUUGCCCCUCUCAUCACCUAUCAUGUGGACUCUACCUAUAUUCCUGGGUUAAGGGGCUGGACCACUUGACUUCCAGAGUUCUGGCAGCUUUUGGAAUGACAGCAAUGGCAUUAGGGUUUAUUGUGCAACAAUGAUCUGAAGCAUUAUCUGGAAUAUAUUUUGGCACAAGCUUGAAAUAAACCAAA